AUGGUUUGGACCUUGGGGACGAAGAAUGAGGAAGAGGAGUUCAACACUGGGCCUCUCUCUGUCUUAAUGUUGAGUGUCAAAAACAAUACUCAGGUUCUUAUUAACUGCGUGAACAAUAAAAAGCUAUUAGGUCGUGUUAGGGCCUUCGAUCGACACUGCAACAUGGUGCUGGAAAACAUUAGGGAAAUGUGGACUGAGGUGCCCAAGACAGGAAAAGGCAAGAAGAAAGCUCUUCCUGUUAACAAAGACAGAUUUAUUAGCAAAAUAUUUCUUCGAGGUGACUCCGUUAUCAUUGUGCUUAGAAACCCCAAGUGAGAGGGUCACCACCUCAAUGUGAUCUGGCUCUGCCUGUUUCAACAUGUACCCAAUAGUAGGUACUUUAACCCAACAUGUUAGAUGUCCAGCAUGAUGGAGGUGUAAGUAUGGGCUCCAGAAUGUGAUGCAUCAUUGCAUUGGGCUAGAGAUGGAUCACUUUGUAUAAGGCAUGGGCCGAUUGAUUCUUAAAACUCUAAUAUGCAUCGUGGACUAUGAGCUUGCUAUUGGCCUUUACUCUUUCUAGGACGUUUGUUUUCAAAAGUUGU